GUUUUCUCCCAAAAACAUCUGUGAUUUAACUAUUCUUAUUAAAGAUUGUAAAAUCUUGAACAGUUAUAACACACUACAGUGACUUAUCAAGGUUUCCAUGAAUCCAGAAAAAAGUGUUCUCAUUUAUAUUUUUGUUUAUUUUUCAGAUUUUCUUCCUUCAACUUUCUUCAAAAUGUCUUGGCAAAGCUAUGUUGAUGACCAGCUCAUUGCAACCAAGGUCAUCAAGGACGCCAUAAUCUGCGGACACGAUGGUAAUGUCUGGGCCACCAGUCCUGGCCUUAGCGCUACACCCGCCGAACUAAAGACUAUUAUCACAAACCUGGGGAAUAGUGAAGCUCUCGUCAAUGGAGUUACCCUUGCAGGAAUCAAGUACAUGUACCUCUCCGGGAAUGAGAAGGUUAUCCGAGCAAGGAAGGGAACCUCUGGUAUUCACGUCAUGAAAACCGUACAGGCGGUGAUCGUGUGUAGAUACGAGGAACCUAUUGUAGCCGAGCAGGCUGCAACUGUGACUGAGAAGCUUGGAGACUAUCUGAUCAGUGUAGGAUACUAGACAGUAAACACAGGAUUGACAGAAUAUGCUCCGGGCUUGGAUCUGAAUUUUGCUUUUCCUUUUUUUACAUUUUUAUGUGAAAAUGCUAAUACUAAGUUAUUUUUGUACGUUUCAGUGCGUUUUCGGUAAUUUUAUCCCUUCUCUUCUAAUUCUACUUAAAACCAAUCUUCCAAUAGAACCGGUUUCUAAUCCACACUUUUGUAACAAUUGUAUUUAUAAGUAUUUAUAUUAAACCUAUUGGCAACAAAUAAAAUGUGUGUUCUUA